ACUCGGCGGAAAAGUUCGUGUCGAAGCGGCCUUCUGGGGCAAGGCCCGAGGUGUGUCCGGCUGAGCAGUAGGUCGGCCGCGUCCGGGCUGUGGGCUUCCGGCGGGCCCCUGCCGAGGCCCUGUCACCGGAUCUGGAGACCCUGCCUGGCCCGCAGACUUCUUCCACUGCACUGGGGAAACGUUCGAUUCCUGAAAGCCACUGGGCCGAAUCUGCAGGAUGGCAAUUCAGAGGCUAGUUUUAGUCUGUAGUGGGCACGGUCCCUUUUCGUCGUUCUUCAUAGAGACUCCCUAUGUUUCUCCAAGACACUUAGAUUGAGGACGUCCUAUUGGAGCCUAGCCUGGGGCGCCGGGAGCGGCAUCCGGUGGGGACAGCGUUGACAAGAUACUCAAAUAACCGUUUCAGCAGAUAGACUGGAAUAACGGUCAUUAUAGAUGUAACUAAUUAAAAUGAGGUCACACUGAACUGAGGCAGAGACUAAUUCAGUAUGACUGUUGUUCUUAUGAGAAGACGGAAGCAGGGGUUGGAAUGAUGCAUCUGCAAGCCAAGGAAGGCCAAGGGUUGCCAGCAGUCAUGAGAAGCUAGGAGAGAGGUGUGGACUAAGGUCCCCCCAGGGCCUGUGAAGGAACCAACCCAGAUGACACUUUGAUUUUGGGCUUCCAGCCUCCUGAACUGGAGAGAGUAAAUGUCUGUUGUUUUAAGCCACCCAGUUUGUGGUCAUUUGUUACAGCAGCCCCAAGAAACUAAUACAUGAGGCCAUAAGGAGUCCUGCUUUCAGAGACGGUCUGGUUUGCUAGCAAGACACAGUUUAUCACUUAUGAACUGCAUGACCAGAGGCAGUUUCUCAUCCUCUCUGGACCUCACCUUCCUCAUUUGUAAAACAGAGUUAAUGGUACCCACCUCAUAGGGCUACUUGGAGAAUUAAUGAGAAACUGGAUGUGAAGAACCCAGCACAAGUUGAGGAUUCCGAGGCUCAGAGAAGUGAAAGAACUUGCCCAAGGAUGAACGGUUGGGAAUGUGAAAACGAAGGAGUCAACAUUUAAAGCCUGAAUUUCUGGAUUCCUGAAUUCAUUCCAUUACACCAGAUUGCUGUGCGUGUGUGUGCACGUGAGUGCUAUCACCCGCAUAUGUGUUGAAUAGGGAUGUAGGCAGGUCAGCUAGAACAUGAGCUGCGAUUCACCAGGAUGGAAACCUGAUUUUAUCUUGAAGGUUAACACCUGUCUAUCAUAUGCAGAUGACUUAAUGCAUCAUAUGCAUGUGUGUAUUAAGCUAUCUGCAUACGAUAGACAGCUAUUAACCUACAGAGGAGAUGGCAAGUAUGUACAGUAUAUAUUUCACCAGGAGGCCGGUGAGUCACUGAAGAGGAUGUCAGGGAGUAACAAAGAUAGGGGAGCGGGAAAGAGGAUUAAUGAAAUGCCCAGAUUUAAGAACACCCAUGUUUUACCUUCACCUCAUGGUGAUGGAACUUCACAGGUUAAAGUGCAUGGGUGUGUCCACCUUGGUGAAACCACACUUUUCUGGUGAACAAAAUCAUGCAACUAUUAGUUGGACUUCUAAAAAUGUGCAGGUACCAUUUCUAGGCGCAAUAUGGAAUACAGGAAUAAAACUGCUAACGCCAAACUCUCUGGUGUGGCGAUGUGUGUGUCUGGGGUCAGAGAGUGGAAUGAACACAAGUAUAUAAAUAACCAUGAUGCAAGGUAGAUAGAAAGAGCUCAGGGCCAAAAGAAAUGGACACAUACUGCAACAGUAUUCUAGGAGGCCCAGAGGCUGCAGAGAUUACUCCAGGUAGGGUAUCUUGGAGGGCUUCCUGAGGAGAUGGUAUUUGCAUAUAGCUACGUCUCCAAAUAGAUUUUAAGAUCUUACAUCAACAGCAUGGUUUAUGAGAAGUUAGAUUCUGGUUAAUUUUCCAAGAAGCGCUGAGAUGCAGACGUAUGCCCUUGUUCCUCUUUCAGAGACCAUGGAAACUGAGACCCAGAGAGGUCGAUUAGGUUGUCCACAGCCUCGCAGCUAGCAAGUGACGGGCUACGAUUUGAUCUUGGGCCAGGGUGUUAGACUCCAAGUUGCGUGCUCCUGUCCCCCCCCGCGCGUUGUCGGCGGAGCCCGGGACCAGCCUGGACUGGCCGAGGGAGGGGCGGACAGUCCCGGCGGGCGGGGCGGGGCUGGCGGCCGCCGGGGCCUGGCUGAGGCACCGUGGAGGGGUCCGUCUCCACCUGCCGGGCGGAGCGCACUGGCCAUGGGCUGAGCCCCGCUUAGCCCGCCGGGCCGGCCAUGGGCGAUCGCGAGCGCAACAAGAAGCGGCUGCUGGAGCUGCUGCAGGCGGCGGGCACUGACAACGCGCACUGCGCCGACUGCGGGGCGGCGGAUCCCGACUGGGCCUCUUACAAGCUGGGGGUCUUCAUCUGUCUCAACUGCUGCGGCGUCCACCGUAACUUCCCUGACAUCAGCAAAGUUAAAUCCGUGCGACUUGACUUCUGGGACGACAGUAUUGUGGAGUUUAUGACUCGCAAUGGGAACCUCCGUGUGAAGGCCAAGUUCGAAGCCAGAGUCCCAGCUUUCUACUACAUCCCCCAGGCCAGUGACUGCCUGGUUUUAAAGGAACAAUGGAUUCGAGCUAAGUAUGAGAGACGGGAAUUUAUGGCUGAUGGGGAAACCAUCUCACUAUCAGGGAACCGAGAAGGAUUCCUGUGGAAGCGAGGAAGGAACAACUCACAGUUUCUGAGAAGGAGGUUUGUGCUUCUGGCAAGAGAAGGACUCCUGAAGUACUACACAAAGGAAGAGGGUAAAAGCCCCAAAGCUGUCAUCAGCAUUAAGGACUUGAAUGCCACCUUCCAGACAGAGAAGAUAGGGCACCCACACGGGCUGCAGAUCACCUACAGGAGAGAUAGCCACGUCAGGAACCUGUUUGUAUAUCAUGAAAGUGGGAAGGAGAUAGUGGACUGGUUCAAUGCUCUCCGUGCGGCCCGUCUGCAGUACCUAAAAAUGGCCUUUCCUGAGCUCCCGGAGUCUGAGCUCGUGCCAUUCCUCACCAGGAACUACCUCAAACAAGGCUUCAUGGAAAAGACUGGGCCAAAGCAGAGAGAACCCUUUAAGAAAAGGUGGUUUGCCCUGGAUUCCCAUGAGCGGAGGCUGCUCUAUUACAAGAACCCACUGGAUGCCUUCGAGCAGGGCCAGGUUUUUCUUGGGAACAAUGAGCAGGGAUAUGAAGUCUAUGGAGACCUGCCCAAGGACAUCCGAGGGAAUCGCUGGAAAGCCGGACUCACCAUUGUCACCCCAGAGAGGAGAUUUGUCCUCACUUGCCCCAAUGAGAAGGAGCAGCAGGAAUGGCUGGAAAGUUUGCGGGGUGUCCUGUCCAGCCCCUUGACGCCCCUCAGCUGCCUCAGCCUUCCUCAGUGCCGACAGCCCUGUGAAAAAAAGAGGAGACAUGCUGAGCUCCAGCAGGAAACUGCUGGCCCAGGCCCUGGCUUCUGGGGCUUAAAGGAGAAUUUCUGUGUUUGGAAAAGUACAGACUGAGCAGGUGACCCCCGACAGCCCCUUGGGGAAAACCCUUGUACCCUUUGAGUCUGACCGAUAUAAACACAAACUCUCUUGACUGUCCGACAAAGGCCAAAGCCAGAGAGCCUCAGAAAGGACUUGGGAAUUGCGAGUGAGGCACUCCAGCUGGCGCUUUCUUUUCUCUGCGGGCUCCCGCUUAUGAGUUUCUUGGUUUGUCUGUCUCUGUGCCUCUGUCCCUCCACUUUUCUCUCCUUUGCUGGUGUGUGUAUCCUCUCUGACGGCCUGGCCCUCACCCUUUCAUUCUGUUUUUUAUUCUGACUCCUUCUGUCUUUUGUGUGUGUG